AUGUCAAAUGAUGCGGUAAAAGUGGGAAUACCGUUGAUUGAUUUGUCAGUUUUUCAAGGUGAAAACAAUCAGAAUGAAUGCGUAAAUACAACAAAAUCUAUUGCAGAAGCAUGUAGAGAUUACGGUUUCUUCUAUGUUAAAAAUCAUGGCGUAAGUGAAGAAGUACAAAUAAAUUUAUUUAACGCUUUGAAGAGCUUCUUCGCAUUGCCUCUGAGAAAGAAAGAAGUGAUAAAGUCGCAAGGAACACCAGGAAUGGUGGGUUACUUUCAAUUUCAAAGUGAAACAACAGCGUACUUAGUAAAUGAUGCUCCCGACUGGCGAGAAGGGUUGUACUCUUUCGGAGACGAACUUCCAGACACACACCAAAGCAAAGAGAAAUUUCCCCUCGUUACCCAAAGAAAUUUACUGCCUGAAGAACCUGGAGAUUUCCAGGAUGCUCUUGAUGCAUACCAUAAAGAACUGAAUGUAUUGGGUUUCAAAAUCGUGAAUGCCCUCGCACAAGCCAUGGGGUUAGAAGAAGAAUUUUUUAUUCAAAAAUUUCAUCCAUAUCCUACAACCACCAUUGGAAUGUACCAUUACCUUCCUAGCACUAAUCAACCUAAUGAAAUCUGCUGUGGUGAACAUACAGAUUAUGGUAUACUUACAAUUCUAAUGCAAGAUGAUGUUGGAGGUCUGGAGAUAAGAGGUGAGGAUGGUAAAUGGAUUCCAGCACCUCCCAUUCCAGGGACAUUUGUGGUCAAUCUUGGAGAUAUGCUGGAGGUAUGGACCAAUGGUUCAUUCAAAGCCACAAUGCAUCGAGUUAGGAAGUCAAAAACUGGAAGAGAUCGUAUUUCUGUAGCGUACUUCUUUGGGCCACAGUUGGAAACUGUUGUUAGCCCUCUUCAGAUAAAGAAUCCAAUGAUUCCAUUUAAAGAAAGGGAACUGAACAGUAAUAUUGAAUUACCAGUUGUAUUUGGAGAGUUUUUGGAAAACAAAUACAGAGGCACUUUCCCAGACCAUGAUUACUAA